AGGGUAUCUAUAUAUUUAUCACUACUAUCACACUUAUUAUCUACAUAUAUGAUUGAGAUAAGACAUAGUUUUGUAUGUCUUUUUUGUCUGUUAUCAACAAAUACAUGUUUCAAUGAUAUACUAAAUCAAAUCUGCAGGUCAAAGAGCACAUAGUUCAUUUCUUCUUAUACACUUAUAAGUGAAAUAACUGUGUUCAUUUCUUCUUAUACACUUAUAAGUUAAAUGACUGUGUCACAAGGAAAGACGAAAUGAAUAUAUUAAUUAAAGCAUGCAAAAUUUAUAAUAAAUUAAGUAUUCGUUAUUAUGGUGGAAAAGUUGGUAUAAUAGGAGUACCAUUCGAUAAAGGGCAGGAAAAAGAAGGCGUAGCCCAUGGACCAAAUGCAAUUAGAGCCGCAAAUUUAAUAUAUGAAUUAAAAACAUUAGAGUUGGAUGUACAAGACUAUGGUGAUAUAUUAUAUGAUACAAAUAAUAUAAGUGAUGUAAAUAAUAUGUCACAUUUGGGUUGCAUAGCAAGUUGUACAAGUCGUUUAUCUGAACAAGUCCGACAAGUAUUACGAGAUGGUAGGCAAGCACUAACAAUCGGUGGUGAUCACAGUUUGAGUAUUGGCACUAUCGAUGGACAUGUGAAGGAAAAACAGGAUAUAGGAGUGUUAUGGGUAGAUGCUCAUGCAGAUUUAAAUACUAACAAAACGAGUGAGAGUGGUAAUGUACAUGGAAUGCCUGUAGCAUUGUUAACUUCUGAAUUAGCUGAUUAUUGGCCAUAUUUACCAAACAUGGAUUGGCAAAUGCCAAUGUUGUCCAUCAGAAAUGUAGCUUAUAUUGGUUUGAGAUCGGUGGACCGCUAUGAAAGAUUAGUAAUUGAAAAAUUUGGUAUUACUGCUUUUGGCAUGGAAGAUAUAGAACGUUAUGGUAUUCACGAUGUAAUACAUAUGGCACUAAAUAAGAUAGAUCCUCAUAACUCAAGAUCUUUACAUGUUAGUUUUGAUAUAGAUGCAUUAGAUCCUCUCGAAGCACCUAGUACUGGAACUCCAGUCCGUGGAGGAUUGUCUCUCAGAGAAGCAAUCAAUCUUAUGGAAGAAAUAUACAGAACGCGCCGAUUGAGUGCUAUAGACUUAGUAGAAGUUAAUCCACAAAUUGGCAGUGCACAAGAUGUAAAGAUUACUAUAGAAGCAGCCAUACAUAUUAUUCAAGCAGCUUUAGGAUAUACCAGACGUGGUUUGAGAGUGCCUAAGGGUGUAACUGAUAUACCACUACAAACAUCUUAAUGAUAUAUAUCUUGCUUCCAUUUCAUAAUUCUUAUGUGACUUUAUAUUUUAAUUCAAUUGUUCUCAAAAAAAUUACUUAAUAUAAUA